UAGAGUACCAAACAACUAUGAAGUCUCUGAUACUGUUGGGAUUGCUCGCCUGUGUGGCUGUUACUCUCGCUGAAGAUGAUGAAACCAUGGCAGUGAAAUACCUCAAUCAGUUCCACUACAUCUCACCAUCUCGUUCCGGUAACCAUGACGUCGAGACAGCCGUUCGAAAUUUCCAGAGGUUCGCUGGUCUUCCAGAAACUGGUGAAAUCGAUGAGGCCACCGUUCGCCAGAUGAAGAAACCUCGAUGUGGAAUGCCUGAUGUGGACGAGAGUGGGAGUCGUAUCAGAAGAUACAAGUUGGGCUCCAAAUGGGGCAAGAAACAUCUGACAUACUUCGUCGAGUACGGACGUGACUUAUCGUCUGGUGAACAGGACAGAAUCUUUGCAARAGCUCUGAAAUACUGGGCUGAUGUUUCUGGACUAAGCUUCUCAAGGGCCUCAAGCGCAUCCUCGGCUGACCUCAAAAUCAGCUUUGGACCCAAAACCCACGGUGGAAGUUCUGAGAGAACAUGUGCCUACCCCUUCGAUGGACCUGGCAAAGUUUUGGCCCACGCCUUCUUCCCCAGUGAUGGACGCGCUCACUUCGAYGAGGACGAAAGAUACACCGACGRAACRUCAAGCGGAACCAAUCUCUUGUGGGUGGCGACUCACGAGUUYGGCCACGCCCUUGGCUUAGAACACAGUGACGUUAGGAAUGCUGUUAUGUACCCUUACUAUACUGGAUACGUACCAAACUUUAGACUCCAACAAGAUGACAUCAAUGGAAUCCAAGCUCACUACGGAAAGGCUGGAGGCAGUACAGGAGGCGGAAGUGGAGGUAAUUGUGUAGAUAAGAACCAAAACUGUCGCAACUGGAAAUCGUACUGCGGAAGAAACUCGUAUGUCGAUGCCAACUGCAAGAAGACCUGUGGGACCUGCUCGUAAUUCAACAAGCCUCAGACAACUGAUUAUCUUCAAAUAACAUUAUUAUGACAAUUUGUAAGUUAUACCACAUAUUAUUCAAAAUAAAGUUUGAAUAAAACAAA